CAGAAGACGCUGAGGACCGUAUCCGCUGAGCUGCUUAGCUUUUGCUCAACAAUUGUCGGAUUAAUAUACAACUAACAUUUCUGUAAACGGGAGAAAACAAACAUUAAACAUUUGAAGUAAAUAUCUCAUUGUUCACCUUUUUUAAAAUGUCACUAACGGGCGAGUGAACGUCACUGAAACGCAGCUCAACAGAAAUGGGAAACAGUGUGUCAGAAGUCGGGACGGGUAUUAUCAUCAUCGCGCUGGUUUGGAUAGCUGCUUCUGUGUUUGGGAUGAUGCUGCUGAGAGCAUCUGGAACCGCAAAGUUAGGAGUUAUUCCCGUGUUCCUCCUGGCUCUAUCCAUCACUUUGGCCCUGGUGUUUUUCCCUCGCAGUCCUGAGACAACCAUCCCUUUAAAAGAGAUAGAGAUCGUGGACACUUUGUUCAUCGGGCGUUACAUCCUGUUGGCGGUGGCGAGCCUUGUCUUCUUGGUGGCAUUCUUCAUGCUGCUCCCUUUUCAUCUCCUGGAGCCCGUCCAUGCCAAGGCCUUAAGAACACACUAGAGCUGCCAGGGUCAGAGCUGGCACCAGUAACACAUCACCAACGUACAGAACUCUAACACACACAUGGCUGAUGAGAGGGGGGAGGGGCUUCACAUGGGAACAAAAUGAAGAAUGCAAGCCAAACAGAAACAGCAGGAGAGACGGUGCUUUGAUAACAGCCUGUAGGUUGUUGACUGUCUUAAAAACAAACUGAAACACAAAUGAGAGGAGCAACAGUGUGUUUGUUACUAUUCCAGAUCAUCAAAAACAUGAGAUGAAUAAAUUGUUUCUUAUUCUACACGUGUGAAGCACUCCUGUAAUCCCUGCUCGACCAGCGCUGACAAGUGGAAGCGAAAAGUUCAGACACUAAUGACGGAUAAUGAAACGCUGUUUAAAAGGUAUACAGUGCUGUGGAUACUGGUUAUAGCACAGAUAAAAAAAAACAGUGAACUCUGUGUAAAUAUAUUUUAUUGUCUGAUUUAAAGCUGUCUGAAGCACUGAGACAGUUUUUUCUUUCAACUGGACCAACUGAUGAGCAGCUUAAAUGUAACUUUAAGACUUUAUAAAUGAAUCUGAAAUAAAAGUGACUGGGAAUGAAAAGUGCAUAAAGCCAGCACUGGUUUGAAACAUGAAAUGAUCGAUACAGAACAUA